AUAUAUAUUUAUUUAUUUUAGCAGAUACGUAAAUAAGGAUUAUGAUACAACUUCAUAUGGGCAACUUGAUGUGUGUGAGGUACAGUGGGAGCGUGAUCAACCUUCUGACUAGAGGGGGUGUGGUGGGAUAUAUAAAGAAGUGGUUCUUUUUUCAAAUAGAGUUUGGACAGAUCAAGUAGAUAAAUGAUGCAUGCAUUUCAUGAGCAGUGAACCAUUCUCAGAAGAACAUGGUGUCUCUUCUGUGGAGUCAGAUUCGUGAGGUGGGGGAAGGCUGGUUUACACACAAAAAGCUAAGACAUGAAAUUACUAAAACAGGUUUUCCUCUGUUACCUAAGUGUUACACCAAGGAACAGCACUAGUAUUUCCAAUUGCUUAUACUUUUAAUACGUACUGUGUUGUGGAGAUUUAAAAAAUCAAGACCACAUAUACAAUGCCUUUGUAUUUGCAGAUUCUUCUAGAAUGUUAGAGUAGAUAAGUUCACCUUAAAAACUAAAUAUUUGGAGGAUUAAAAAGAUAAUUUUAUAUGUUAAUAGAACAGUUAACAUCAUAAUUUCCGUUUAAGAUUUUUUUCAUCUGGGUGCUUUGAAAUUAAGGAAUGCGUUCAUAAGGGAUGACUGGUGACAGUGUGGUGGCUCAGUUGUCAGACAGGUCCUAUGUUUGAGUAGAAUGAACUUCUCUACCACCUUCUAGAACUUGCUUGGUGCCAGGUCUUCUGUAUAGUUCUGGGAUUUAGUUUUUUAGGUAAACAUUGCUGCAGAUGGUUUCUAAAGUUUUGAAAACCUAUGGCCCUCUUACAACUUAGAUGGAGGGGGAAAAGUCAUAUUCUUCCUAAUUCCCUGUCUUCUGCAAUGUGAGAAGCGAGGUAGGAGAGGCAUAGUGAAGUAUUAUGCAGUGUUUGAGGGAGGUGCAUGAUGAAGUUUGAGGAUUAGAAAUGAGUGUUAUGUGUAGGAAUUUACCUGGUAGAUCAGGACAAGAGAGCACGGACCUAGAGGAGUGAUCCAUGGUUCCCUAAAGCCAGGCUCUAGGACAUCUCAGUGGGAGAUGGGAUUGUAAUAGCCACAUAGGACAUGCAUAUAAACUUGACGUUGUGGGAAGUAGGUUGUUGCAGAAGGAUUUUUUAAGUAGCAGAAUAAUUGGACUUUUGUUUUAGAAUAAUCAUUCGAGGAGCAGUGUGAAGGUGAACUGCAGUAGCGAUGGGAGUCAGUUCAAAGUUUUAUGAUGGUAUAUACAAAUUACAGUAUUAAUUAAAAGACCUAAGCAUUUUGUUAUUCAUAUGUACAUCAUACAAUGUAAGCUAUUUUGUGAAGAAAAUGUAAAUAAGGCUCUCUGUUCUUGCCUAACUUAAAAGCUGGAAGGGAGAUGAGGUGCAUGUGCGCACACACACAAUCAUAAGGGAACACUUAGUAAUGUGAUCAUCACUAUAAGAGGUACAAACAAUUUGCUGGGAAAUUCAGUGAAGGGAGGAUUCCUUCUGACCAGAGAGGAGGGAAAUGUUUGUAUUUACUUUGCAUUCACUUUAAAUUUAAAAAAAAAUCAUUAAAUAUUAUAGAACUUUGCGGUAAAACAUAAGCGCUAGUAGGUGGGGAACUUCUUUGUUAAAAAGAAAGUUUGGAGAGUUCAAACUCUAGUUGGGGUACAGUUUCUCCGAUUUAAAAGUAGAUUAGGUUAUCCAGAGAUGUAUACAUUUUUAAAGAGCAUCGUUUUGUAGCUUUUUAGAUAAACAAAUGCCCUGUCUCUCCCUUCAAGAUAGUAGUUGGUGGACAUGCUUACUACCUACCCUUAAGUGGUCUCAACUCAGUGUUAAUUUUAUAGUUGACAUUUCUCCCAGGUAUUUUGUUUUUAAAAUCUUUUACUCAUUUAGUGGAGAAGAGUUUUGUGUCUAUUACUUGUCCCUAGGUUUUGGUAGUGUAUGACCAUAUUUAUAAACCUUGUUGGUAGUGAUAGUGACCUCCUAUGCUUUUUAUCUAGCUUUUAAACUGUCAAAUGAAUUCUUGUUGGAUAAACCUCUUACAUGGUAACAUUGUAUCAGUACUGUUCUCACUUUAUCACCUGCUUUACACUGAGCCUCCUACUUCAGAGCAUCUUGCUAACCUUCCCCUCUCCUGAGUUAUAGAUCUUGAAGUUUUCACACAAAGUAUUCUGCAAGGAAAGCGUGGCUGUUUCUUGUCUGGUUUAAAUACAAACCGAAGACCUUGCAACUGCUUCUGUAAUAUGGAGACAAAUGAAGAGAAGACUAGACAUUCUUAAAGAAAAGAUUAUCACUGAUCUCUCCCCGCCCCCCCUUGCUUUUUUUCAAGUGAUUUCAAGGAAUUCUUCCAUAAGACAGCCAUUGGGAAGCAGUGAUAAAUUAAUUCUUUCCUCACUAAUUUUUUUUUGGGUGGGGGGCGGUUUCCAUUUUUAAAUAUCAAAUACUUAACUUUUCUGAGUUCUGUUUCUGGGACAUGGAUUCGGUUUCUCCUAAUUUUCUGUCUAUUUUUGUUAGGGUACUAUGUGGUUUAUUGUGGUUUUAUAAGAUGGUUUAAAUGUUAAUAUAUUAUAUCACAUAUUUAUGGAAAAACAUUAUGUGUCUUUGUAUAAACAUGUUGGUAUUUAUGUUUACAUGUAUAACUGUGAUCAAAUAUAGAGCUUACAAAGUAUUUUACAAUAUUUAAAGGAAAUGUAUGUAUAAGGUGUAUAACUCCCAUCCAUCCAUCCAUCCAUCCAUCCAUCAUCCAGGUCUGCCUGCUUAAGAAAUCAUUCAACUUCCCUAGAAUUGGUUUCUCAUCUUUCACAUGAUGGGUUAGAAAAGAUAAUUUCUUAGGCUUUUUGUACUUCAAGAUGUCUGAUUUACCUAGGAUUAUAGACAGCUUCCCAGUUGAUAUUAAGAGUAGGCUAAAAGAUAAACUCAGAACCGAUGUGCUACAUGGAAAUUUCAUUAAAGUAAGUUCACUGGAGCCAUAUAAUAGAAUUGGUCUAGAUUUGAUAUAUUUUAUAUUUCUUUCCUCUAGGAAUGAAAUCACGUGUUUAAAUUGUGCAGUGCAGUAAUAAAUUCAUAGUGAAUUUGAUUUAAGCAAUAGUUGUAUUAAAUUUUCUCUACAAAAAUACAUUACUGUUCAAUAAAACUUUAAUAUAUUGUUAUCUAAAGGUAGAUGUAAAUUUCAUUUUUUAGGACAAAUCUAGAGUACAUUUCAAGACUGUGAUUUGUUUUUAGUUUUCUUAAACACAAACUUGUAACUGACUAAUGGUUUAUUUUUUGUGAAUUAUAACUAAAGUGUACACUGGAGAAUAACAGUGAUAAACUGUAUCCAGGUUAUUAGUAGAUACCAAUAAUUUGAGGUUGGUGUUUGAUACAGUGUUUCUUCAUUAGGUACCGUAACUGUGGAAAUAGAUUUUUUUUUUUUAAAUAUGACUUAAAACUACUUUUUAUUUCAUGGUUUGUUUACAUGACAUAGCUUUUUUUUCCUUUCAAAAUAUCCAGUUACUUUAAUCCAGAGACCCAGAAAAUCCUUUUGAAAUAGGAUGUGCCAACAUAAACUUUGUUUCUUCUGCAUUGUAUAUCUUUUAUUCUCAGCAUCCUUAUGUUAAUCCUGGUUUGGUUUGUAUUACAUUUUUGAAGCAUUAUAGUGUUCACAGAGAGCUAAGGAUUUGUCUGUGUCCGCUCAGCUUUGUAAAGAGAACUUCUGAGUUCCCUGAUCCAAUUUACCAUGUCUGCUAUUACUAAAUUCACUGCUAUUCGUACUCUGACUUUUAUUUCUUUAUUGAAAUCAUGGUAUUUGGGUUUUUCACCUCACUCUAUACUAUUUUAGUUUCCAGCCUGGUGUUCUCUGCUUCCUGUGCUGUCUUUGCCACCUCUUCAUGUAGAUGUUCCCCAAAGGUGAUUGGCACACUGUAUAUUCAGGUCUCAUUAACUCCCUUUUAGCCAGUCUGUAAGCGCUACGCCAGAACAGAAACUUUCAGUUUUAUUUUUUUCCCCAAGUUAGCCUUGGGGAAUGCUAGCUUGGCAUUGGAAAGGUGCUUCCCAAAUACUUGUUGAUGAAGCAAUUGGAUGUUGUUCUGUUACCUAUUUUUAAUUAACACCUGGGGGUAUAUCUUCUAGUCCUAGUACAUAAUCCACCUUUGAUCUUGAACUUCAUUCCUGACUUCCUGCUGGACAAAUUCUUCUUGGCUGUUCUUCUGUAACCCCAAACAUAAAGUCUCCUAAGUCUGAAACUCUGUGUCAUUUGUUCUUUGAUUUGUCUGUUUUGUUCAUUCUGUCAUUUUGUUAUGUUCAUUCUGGUGGGUAUUGAUUUAUUUUUAACUGAGAUAUAAUACACAGCAUUUUAUUUAUAGGUGUACAAUGUAAUAAUUUGAUGUAUUGAUAUUUUGUGAAAUGAUAAUCACAAUAAGUUUAGUUAACAUCCAUCACUGCACAUAGUUAAAAAUAAUUUUUCUUGUGAUGAGAACUUUUAAGAUCUACCUUCUUAGCAACUUUGAGAUGUGUAAUACAGUAUUGUUAAGUAUAGUCACCAUGCUGUACAUGAUAUCACCAGGAUUUAUUUAUCUUAUAACUGGAAGUUUGUACCUUCUGUUUUAACUAUCUUUAACCAUUUUAUCCACUCCUAACUUUCCACCUCUGGCACCCACCAAUCUGUUCUGUGUCUCUGUUUUUUGUUUUAUAUCUUAUGUAUAUUUUUAGAUUCCACAUAUAAAUGAGAUCAUACAGUAUUUCUCUUUCUGAUUAUUUCACCUAAAUGUAAUGUUGUCACAAAUGGCAGGAUUUUCAUCUCUUAUAGCUGAAUAAUAGUUCAUUUUAUAUGUAUAUACACUGCAUUUUCUUUUUCCAUUCAUCUGUGAUGGACACUUAGGUUGUUUCCAUAUCUUGGCUAUUGUAGCUAAUGCUGCAGUAAAUAUGGGGACAGGUAACUUCUUGAGGUAGUGAUUAGUUUCUUUUGGAUAAACACCCAGAAGUGAAAUGGCUGGAUCUUCUAGUAGUUGUAUUUUUAAUACGUUGAGGAACCUCCUUACUGUUUUCCAUAGUGGCUGCACCAGAUUACAUUCCUAUAGUACACAAGGGUUCUCUUUGCUCCCCAUCCUCACCAAUGCUUUUUAUUUCCUAUCUUUUGAUAAUCACCAUUCUAACAAGUAUGAGGUGCGAUGUGCUGUGGUUUUGAUUUGUAUUUUCCUAUGAUUAGUGAUGUUGAGCACUUUUAAAUGUACCUGUUGGCCCUUUGUAUGUCCUCUUUGAAAAAGCAUCCAUUCAGUUCCUCUGUCCAUUUUAAAAUCGGGUUAUUUGCGUGUGUUUUCUAUUGAGUUAUAUGGGUUCUUUACAUAUUUUACAUAUUAACCUCUUACCAGAUGCAUGACUUGCAAAUACUUUCUUGCAUUCCAUAGGCUGCCUUUUUAUUUCCUUGGUGGUUUCCUUUGCUGUGUAGAAGCUCUUUGUUGAUGUAGUCCCAAUUGUUUAUUUUUGCUUUUGCUGUCUUUGCUUUUGACGUCAAAUUUAAAAACCUCCCCAGGAAUGAUUUCAAGAAGUUUAACACCUAUGUCUUCUUGUAGGUGUUACAUGGAUUCAAGUCUUUAAUACAUUUUGAGUUAAUUUUUGGGUAUGGCGUAAGGUAGUGGCCCACUUUGAUUCUUUUGCAUGUAUGUGUCCAGUUUUCCCAGCACAGUUUGCUGAAGAAACUGUCCUUUCCCCACUGUAUGUUCUUGGCCCCGUUGUCCUAAAUUGACCAUACAUGCAUGGGUUUAUUUCUGGGCUGUUUUUUAAAUUUUUUUUAACUUUUUAUUUUUUUUACAUUUUGUUUAUUUUUGAGAGACCGAGCACAAGUUGGGGGAGGGGCAGAGAGAGAAGGAGACACAGAAUCCGAAGCAGGCUCUAGGCUCUGAGCCAUUAGCACAGAGCCUGAUGCGGGGCUCGAACUCACAGACCAUGAGAUCAGGAUCUGAGCCGAAGUCGGAUGCUUAACCGACUGAGCCACCCAGGUGCCCCAGGGCUGUCUUUUUUUUUUUAAAAUGCCAAUACCACAGUGUGUUGUUUAUUAUAGCUUUAUAAUAUAGUUUGACAGAAAAAUCAUGAUGCCUCCAACUUUGUUCUUCUUUCUCAAGAUUGCUUUGGUUAGUAAGGGUCUUUUGUGGUUCCAUACAAGUUUUAGGCUUCCUUGUCCUAUUUCUGUGGAAAACACCUUUUGGAAUUUUGAUAGGAAUUGCACUGAAUCUGUAGGUUACUUUGGGUAGUACAGACAUUCUAACAGUAGAAGUUCUUCCAAUCCACAAGCAUGGUACAUCUUUCCAUUUGUGUCUUCUUCAAUUUCUUUCAUCAGUGUCUUAUGGUUUAUAGUGCCUUUCACCUCCUUGGUUAAAUUUAUUCCUAGAUAUUUUAUUCUUUCUGAUGCAGUUGUAAAUGGGUUUGUUUUCUUAAUUUUCUAUUUCUGCUACUUCAUUAUUUGUGUAUGGAAAUGCAAUUUAUUUUCAUAUAUUGAUUUUAUAUGCUGCAACUUUACUGAACCCAUUCUAAAAGUUUUUUGGUGGAGUCUUUAGGGUUUUUUAUAUGCAGUAUCAUGUCAUCUGCAAAUAAUGACAGUUUGACUUCUUCCUUACCAGUUCAAAUGUCUUUUAUCUCUCUUUCUUGUCUGAUUGCUAUGGCUAGGACUUUGAGUACUGUGUUGAAUAAAAGUGGUGAGAGUGGACAUCAUUGUCUUGUUCCUCGUCUUGGGGGAAAAGCUUUUAGUUUUUCACCAUUGAGUAUGAUGUUAGCUGUAGGUUUUUAUAUAUGAUUUUUAGCAUGUUGACGUAUGUUCCUCUAAAUCCACUUUGUUGUGAGUUUUGUUUUUUUUUUUUUAUCAGGAAUGGAUAUUGUAUUUGGUCAAAUGCUUUUUCUGCAUCUUUUGAGAUUAUACCACUGCUUUUGGAUGGAAUUUUCAUUUCUCUGUUUGAAGAACAUAAGGACAUUCCUCACGGCCUGUUGCGAGACAUUUGGAAUGAGAAAGAGUGAACUCUUUGAAGCAUUUGACCUGUUUGAUGUUCGUGACUUUGGAAAGGUUAUAGAAACACUGUCACGACUUUCUCGCACACCUAUAGCGUUGGCCACAGGAAUCAGGCCCUUCCCAACAGAAGAAAGUGUUAAUGAUGAAGACAUUUACAAAGGCCUUCCUGAUUUAAUAGAUGAAACCCAUGUGGAAGAUGAAGAAGGUCUCUACGACUGUGUUUAUGGGGAAGACGAAGGUGGAGAAGUCUACGAGGACUUAAUGAAGGCAGAGGAAGCACAUCAAGCCAAAUGUCCAGAAAAUGACAUACGAAGUUGCUGCCUAGCAGAAAUUAAGCAGACAGAAGAAAAAUACACAGAAACGUUGGAGUCAAUAGAAAAAUAUUUCAUGGCACCGCUAAAAAGAUUUCUGACAGCAGCAGAAUUUGAUUCAGUAUUCAUCAACAUUCCUGAACUUGUAAAAGUUCAUCGGAACCUAAUGCAAGAGAUUCAUGAUUCCAUUGUAAAUAAAAAUGACCAGAACUUGUAUCAAGUUUUCAUUAACUACAAGGAAAGGUUGGUUAUAUAUGGGCAGUACUGUAGUGGAGUGGAGUUGGCCAUCUCUAGUUUAGACAACAUUUCUAAGACAAAAGAAGAUGUAAAACUGAAAUUAGAGGAAUGUUCCAAAAGAGCAAAUAAUGGAAAAUUCACUCUUCGAGAUUUGCUUGUGGUUCCUAUGCAACGGGUUUUAAAGUAUCACCUUCUUCUCCAGGAACUGGUCAAACAUACCACUGAUCCUAUGGAGAAGGCAAAUCUGAAACUGGCUCUUGAUGCGAUGAAGGACUUGGCACAAUAUGUGAAUGAAGUGAAAAGAGAUAAUGAGACCCUUCGUGAAAUUAAACAGUUUCAGCUAUCUAUAGAAAAUCUGAACCAACCAGUUUUGCUUUUUGGACGACCUCAGGGAGAUGGUGAAAUUCGCAUAACCACUCUAGACAAGCAUACAAAGCAAGAAAGGCAUAUCUUCCUGUUUGAUUUGGCAGUGAUUGUAUGUAAAAGGAAAGGCGAUAACUAUGAAAUGAAGGAAAUAAUAGAUCUUCAGCAGUACAAAAUAGCCAACAAUCCUACAACUGAUAAAGAAAAUAAAAAGUGGUCUUACGGCUUCUACCUCAUCCAUACCCAAGGACAAAAUGGGUUAGAAUUUUAUUGCAAAACAAAAGAUUUAAAGAAAAAAUGGCUGGAACAGUUUGAAAUGGCUUUAUCGAACAUAAGGCCAGACUACGCAGACUCCAAUUUCCAUGAGUUCAAGAUGCACACCUUCAGUCGGGUUACAUCCUGCAAAGUCUGCCAGAUGCUCCUGAGAGGAACAUUUUAUCAAGGCUAUUUAUGUUUUAAAUGUGGCGCGAGAGCACACAAAGAAUGUUUGGGAAGAGUAGACAAUUGUGGCAGAGUUAAUUCUGCUGAACAAGGGACGCUCAAACCACCGGAGAAACGGACCAAUGGACUACGAAGAAACCCGAGACAGGUGGAUCCAGGUUUACCAAAGAUGCAGGUCAUUAAGAACUAUACUGGGACACCACCCCCGGCUCUUCAUGAAGGACCCCCGUUACAUAUCCAGGCAGGGGAUACGGUUGAACUUCUGAGAGGAGACGCACACAGUCUGUUUUGGCAGGGUAGAAAUUUAGCAUCUGGAGAGGUUGGAUUUUUUCCAAGUGAUGCUGUCAAGCCUUGCCCCUGUGUCCCCAAACCAGUAGAUUAUUCUUGCCAACCCUGGUAUGCUGGAGCAAUGGAAAGAUUGCAGGCAGAGACUGAACUUAUUAAUAGGGUAAAUAGUACUUACCUUGUGAGGCACAGGACCAAAGAGUCAGGAGAAUAUGCAAUUAGCAUUAAGUACAAUAAUGAAGCAAAGCACAUCAAGAUUUUAACAAGAGAUGGCUUUUUUCACAUUGCAGAAAAUAGAAAAUUUAAAAGUUUAAUGGAACUUGUGGAGUACUACAAGCAUCAUUCUCUUAAAGAAGGUUUUAGAACCUUGGAUACGACCCUACAGUUUCCAUACAAGGAGCCAGAACAUUCAGCUGGACAGAGGGGUAAUAGAGCAGGCCACAGCUUGCUAAGUCCAAAAGUGCUGGGCAUCGCCGUUGCUCGGUAUGACUUCUGUGCCAGAGACAUGCGAGAAUUGUCCUUGCUGAAAGGAGACGUGGUGAAGAUUUACACGAAGAUGAGUGCAAAUGGCUGGUGGAGAGGAGAAGUAAAUGGCAGGGUGAGCUGUCCCUCUCGAUGUGCUUGCGCGGGUGAAGGAAGGGGAUUGGGCUGCUGUGGGCACCCGCCGUGGGGCUGGGGAGAAGCCUUCACCCCACAGAGCCAAGGCUCUGGAGAGUGGUGGUGUUCCUCACUGAAAAUAGACACUCAAGAAAAAGAUGUUGAAUGAACAUGAUUGUGGCAUAAAUAAAGUUCACCUAGGCAGGUUUGAUGGCUUCCUAUUUGGAAAAGGAUUGAGGAACAUUUCCAUUCUUUUUAGUCCAUAAGCCUCAGAGCAUAAAUUUUAUGUGGAACAUAGAAUAUUUAUAAGAGCUGCUGAUCUAAAUUGGAAAGAAUGGGGACAUAGUACCCCUUUGUAUCCUGUUCUAUAGCAGAAAUAGGAAGCGUUAAAUAGUAUAGCCCCUUAGUACACUUAAUUUACAUAUUUGUCUGUGUGCUAGCACAUUAGAACACUCUUUAGGCUUCUUUUAUUCCUCUGUCUCCAUCACUCAUUCUGUCGGUCUUCUAGGGCAGUUAAAUCAAUCUCCUUUACCUACAGUGGCCAUAAAACCCCAGUAAUCGGGGUGUUAUAAAAACUAAAUGCUCUAUUUGUAGAGCCCUUUGAAAUGCCAGAUGUGAAGUCAUGUUGCUAU